GUUCAUUUUUUGAUAUAGAUGUUGAAAUUUUAGAUGAAAAUACUGUCAAUUUGGGUUAUGAUGAAGAUUAUGAUGAAGAUUAUGAUGAAAGUGAUGAUGAAAGUGAUAUACUUGUGUAUGAUUAUUCUUCACUUGACAAAGUUAGAGAGAGAAUUAGUUGCUUGCUAGAUGAAGAUGAGGAUAAUGAUGAUGAUGAUAGUGAUAGUGUUAGUGAUGAUGAUGUUAGUAUUACUGAUGAAACAAUAGAAAUACCAAAUGAUAGUAUGAGACGUUUAGGACAGCUUGUUGGGGCAUGGGAAGUAGAUGAAACUGCAGUUAGGAAUUAUGAUAAUGUAGUGAAUGAAUUAGGUCUUUUUUCACACGAAGGAAAACAUGUAUUGAGCAUUGCUGGAAUAUCAUUGGAAAAAAUAUCCAACUUCCAUGCAAUGCACAGUAUAAAUGUAAAUCAUUUAAAACCAAGAUCUGGAAGGGGAAUACCAUUUAAAUUAUGUAAUGAUCAUGAUAAUGAUGUAUCCAGUUCCCUACAAUACAUAAGUAAAUGGAUUUUAGAAGUAUCUCAUGGUAGUGAUCAAGGAUAUAAAGAAAAGGUACUUAACUACUUGGUUCCAGCCUUAUCUGUGCUCAAUAAAGAUUCACCAAAAUUUCCUGAAAACAUAAAAUUGGAACCUUCAAAAUCUACAUACAGAAGAAAUCAAAGCUCCUUGUCUAUUUCUUAUAAAAACCAUUUUAAAAUUAGCCAAACAAUUUGGAAAAAAAAGAAUAUUCUUUCAGAAAAUUCUGAACAACUUUCCCAACCUGAAUCUUUAGAAAAAUAUAUAAAUGCAUUUCCACCUUGCUUGAUAAGUUUUUUUAAUGGAAUGGUUGAGACAAUAAACAUUAAAAAGCAAAUUAAACAUAGAAAUCAAAUCUCUGAUCCUAAAAAUAAUCAAUUAAUCAAAACAACAGCCUUUCUUUCAUCAAUAGUCAUAACAAAUGCAUUUAAAAAAAGAAAGGUUUGGAUUACCCAAAUUCUAGCAACCUUAUGCCGUAAACCUAAAUUAUUAAGCUCUUUGUAUCAAGUGCUUUUAGCUGGUGGUGUACUUCCUCACACAUUAAGACAUGAGCGUUGCUGUGAAGAUGGAUUGAUGACAGAUGCAGAUCCAAGAAAAAAUUUAGUUUAUGGACCUACAAUAUGGAAUGUUGGUGUAGUUGACAAUAUUGAUUUCAAAGAAUCUACUUUUUUUUCAGGAAAUAUAUUUGAUGCCACUAGAAAUUCUUUACAUGCAAUAGCCAGAAUAGUUAUCCAAAUUGACUUACAAAAACCUUUGAAUGAUAUCAUGAAAGAAUCACCAAUGUGGUCAAGAACACUUGAUAAUUUGUUUGGUUCUUCUGAAUUUAUUGGAGAAUGGAAUGAUAAAAAAAAUUGUAUUUUUUCUGAAUUAAUAGAGAAAUUUGGAUGUGCACCAUAUACAUAA